AUGAAGCUUGUUAGAUUGCUGAUGAAGAUGCAGAAUGAAACCGUGCAGGUUGAACUCAAGAGCGGUGUUUUGGUACAUGGGACCAUUGUCACUGUGUCGCCGAAUAUGAACAUCACCUUGAAGGACGUGAAGAUGACGGUACCACACAGGUCGCCAACCCAGCUGGAGCAUAUAAUGGUGCGGGGGAGCCAGGUACGGAUGGUUCUCUUGCCCGAUGACUUGAAUUUGGACGCUCUUCUUCAGGACCCGAUUUUCUCCAAGAAGCAAGAGAAACCCUUGUCUGCACCACAGGGCAGGGGCGGAGCUUCUAAACAUACAUACACAAAGGCGCCAAAGCGAACCACCAAUGCCCAUAACAGGGGGUUCUAG